AGCCUUGAAAAAUAUACUAACAUAUAACAGCCCAGUUAGACUUUGACUUAGGGCUUCUUUGUUUUGAAGUUAAAAAGGUCCGCAUCUUCUUCUACUCACCUUUGCCUCGUACGCAGCCGCAAAUCGGACGACUUCAACAUGCCGUCCCACAAGUCGUUCAUGAUCAAGAAGAAGCUUGCCAAGAAAAUGAGACAGAACAGGCCUAUUCCUCACUGGAUUCGUCUCCGUACCGACAACACCAUCAGGUACAAUGCCAAGCGCAGACACUGGCGUAGAACCAAGCUUGGAUUCUAAGUGAAUGCGAGGAUGCCAUCUUCCAGAGUCUUCUUUUCUUUCGGGAUUAGCAUUUCCUCAAGUUUUCUCAUUUUAAGUGAUGACUUUUUUCAUAUUUAUGUAAAACUUUACACUCUUUUGAGUGAUUUUACCAAAUACCCUAUGCUAAGUGAUACUUCAUAUCA